AUGGAAUAUCAUAUACCAUUAUCAAUGACUAAACAUAGUCAAAAUAGUCUUCCAACUAUUCCUCAAAAAACAAUGGAUCCAAAAUUUAUCGUUGUUUUAUUUUGUGUUGAAACUGGUGCUUUAUUUUUUAAUACACUUCAUGUUAAUGCACCAGAAAUUUAUCUUUAUAAUGCAUAUAAUCAAAAACCUUUAAUAUAUAAUAUAUCAUCACAAAUCUAUUCAUGUUUUCGAACAGUCAAUCAUUGUAUAUAUGAACAUAAACAAUUACGUUUUCUUAAAAUAACACAUUUAAUAUUUAUAUCAAUUAUCGUUAUGUGUUAUUUAUCAUUAUUUAUUAUAAUUCUUCGUAAAUGGGAAACACGUAAAGUUCGAAAAGAUUUAGGUAUAACUUGGUAUGGUGCUAUGCAAUUAUUAGUUUUAUUAACAUUAGCAUUACAUACACUUUUAAUGGUAAUACUUUAUGAACGUGAUUAUUUAAAUAUUUAUCAAUGUAGUCGAGAAAGUCGUUUAGUUCGCGUAGAAAAUCUGUUUACAUAUGUUGUUCUAAGUAUGUUGGAAGUUGCAUAUAUUGGUUUUGAUAUACUUAAUCGUCAAGCAUCAAUUCAUGCAUUACAUCAAAAUUUUGAAUAUCGUGCACGAGUAGCAGAACAUUUAACACCAUCGGAAGAUUUUAAUAUUGGUCAUAUAAUAAAUCGUCGACAUUGCUCAUCAACUGAUAGUUUUGAAACUGUUAAUCAAGAUUUUCAUUCUGAAUUAAUUGAUAUUUAA